UCAUCGGGAUCGAGAUGCGUUGGGAGUGAAAAUGGCUGACGACGUCGAUGUGUUAGAAAUCAGUGGAAUUGAUGAAGAGUUAGAGGUGCUGAAAUCUAUUUACAUUGAAGAACUGAAUAUAUCAUUAUCUGAGAGGAGCCAGCCCGAGGUGAUCAGUCUGAGGUUACACCCAUCUACUGGAGACGAGGAAGAGAAAAAGUAUGUGUGUAUUACACUGGAACUAGAGCUAUCACAACAGUAUCCUCAUGAAAUUCCAACGAUUAAUAUCAAGAAUCCUCGAGGCAUUGGUGAGGAAGAGGUCAAUAGGUUACAGGAAUCAUUGGUUACCUUGGCAACAGAACUCCAGGGAGGACCCAUGCUGUAUGAUCUGAUUGAGUUGGCCAAAGAGAAGUUGACUGAGGGAAACAUCCCCCACUGCCCCUGUACCAUCUGUUACGAACACUUCCACGAGGGUGAGGAGUUCACCAAGACCCACUGCUACCACUACUUUCACUGCCAUUGUCUGGCCCGUUAUGUCAGACAUGUACUGGCCUCCAUCCAACAGGAGAACCAGUCUAGACCCACCCACCAGCAAGACGACGGAGGCCAGACAAAGGUUCCUUGUCCUGUGUGUCGGGAGGAGAUGGAGUGUAAUGUUGACCUUUACACCGGGGAAACAACCCCCCAGGACCAGUCCUUGAACUUUUACCCCACAGCUGAGUUGAGGACCUGGCAGAGGGAGAUGUCCAGGCUCCUGAGGAGACAGAGAGAGAGGGGAGGAGUGAUUGAUGUACAGGAGGAGAGGAACAAGUUCCUCAUUACACAGGAUGAUGUGGUGGAGUUAAAUUUGACUUCUAUCCAAGACACUGAUCCUGAAUCUUCAACUAAACACAGCACUGAAUCUUCAACUAAAAACAGUACAGAAGCUUCUUCUAAAGAUCAAGGAACUAAUGUCACUGUCAAAGAUUCAGGAAAAUCCAGAAACACUGGAAUACUUAAUAAAGCAAAGACUACAUUUAAAGCUAGCAGGCUUCCACAGCAAAUCCAGAUGCUGGAGAGAGAAUUUGACAGAAGAUGGACUAGGUUCUCAGAAGAGUUUGAGAACUUGAACAGGCGUGGAGCUCCAGGGGGGAGUAAAAAAGAGGGUCAGCGGCCAGAAAACCGACACAAAAACAGGGUCAAGCACCUGGUGCCUUAUGAUGACACCAGAGUUGUUUUGAAGGAUGGAGAUUCAGAAGUCAAAGGGUCAGAUUACAUCUGUGCAGCAUACAUACAGAUUACCAGCGAGACAUCUAGAGCAGAUGGAGGUCGGCUGAUCGCGACCCAGGGCUGUCUGUCCGAGACCGUGGGUGACUUCUGGAGGAUGGUCUGGCAGGAGAGGUCACAGGUCAUCGUCAUGGCAACCAAGGCUGUGGAAGAUGACAGGGUCAAGGUGUCGCGUUACUGGUGUGAGGAGGGAGAAGAAAGGCUCCUGGAGGGACAGAAUUAUAAGUUCCAGGUCAAAGGUCAGUCUGUCACUCCACACCGAGACUAUGUCCUGCGUGAGCUGGAGGUGACCAGACUGUCAGGGGAGGGGCAGGGGGAAGGAUCCAGAUUGGUGUACCAGUUUAACUUCACAGCAUGGCCAGAUUUUGGUGUUCCUAAAAACCCUGCCGCAAUUAUUGACUUCUUGGCAACUGUCAACAGCAAGCAGGCGGAGCUAACAGAGGCUGGCCCCAUGGUCAUCCAUUGCAGUGCUGGACUUGGGCGGACAGGAACUUUGGUGGUUAUAGAAGCACUUAUUCAUCAAAUAAAGGAAGAAGGAUUGGAUUGUGACCUUGAUAUUCAGAAGACAGUACUGAAGGUCAGGUCGCAGCGCCCAGGCAUGAUACAGACGGAGCCCCAGUAUAAGUUUAUUUAUAAAGCUCUUCUAUCCUAUCUACAGUCUCAACCUGGAUUUACACCUGAGCAGGGGACCUUAGAUUCCUACCAUGAGGAGGCUCACAGGCAAAGAUUUGUUCCCAAGGACCGCAGGGGGCGUGGCAGGGGUAGGCCAGUUAACCAGAGAUCAGGGGUCAAUGACCGCUUGAGUAGGGCCAGAGACACACAGUCUCACCCAGGGAAUCAUCACAGUGAUGAAGAUCAAUCAGGAAAAUCCCAUACGGACAAUAAAAAAAAUGACUCCUUAAUUGAAAAGAAUGCGGAUGAAGUAACUUCAAACAAGUCUCAAGAAAGGAGAGGUUUUGGAAAACCCAAGUCAUCCCAAAGGGCAGAGAGAAACCCAAGUGAAAGUCAUGAAACUGGAGGAGUGGAAGAAAAUGCUGCAGCAGUAAUGUCAAAGGAUAGCAUUAAUGAAAAGAGAAACAAUGAAGACACCAAAAAAGGUUUUGGAAGACCAAGGUCGGGUCAGAUCAGGAAAUCUGAUCAAGGACACCAUGAGUCUGGUCAACAAAGAUCACCAAGAAAUCAGAAAGACACUGGAAACAGCAAAGAUUCAUCUACACAAAGAGAAACUAGGAAAGGAUUUGGACAACCACCUGAAAGACUCCAGCAUGAUAAAGGAGAUAGAAUGGGAAGAAAGGAAGACUCGAGAAGAGGGUUUGGACAGCCACCCAGAGGAGGUGAUGGAAGGGUUGGUAGAGACAGGAAUGAAACGAGGCCUAUGUCAGGCGGAAAACACAGCAGAAAAGACUUCGAACCUAGAAGUCCAAGGGAAAAAAGAGAUCAACCAGGAACAAGCAAACCUUUCACAGGGUAUGGGGAUAAAAUGAAUAGAAAUACUUCAGAUCAAAACCAGAGGCCUAACAAAAGAUUAGGGGAGGGAUCACCAUCCUCCAAUCAAGAGGAAACUGACAAAGUGAAUACAAAAAACAGUGGAGGUAUGAAAUCAGAGACUAGGAAAGAUAAUCCUGACAGAACUUCAAGUUGUAAUGAAAGUACUUCUGGUGCUGGUAGUGAACUCAGAAAAGGGACCACUAAGCUUAGAGCUCCCCCAGGAUUUAACAUUAGUGGACCCCCUUCAGGGGUUGGGGACACUGUGUCACCACCUCCUGGCUUCUCCAAACUUAGCUGAUGGUAGCCAUUACUAGGAGUUAAUUUUUGUCAAACUGUGAUAUGUUAUUUAUUUGGUAUAAUAAACUGUCAUUGUAAUAGUUAAUUGAAGAACUGCUAUACAGUGAAAUAUUAAUAAAUACCAAUUUUAUUAAAGUUGUUAUUGUCCAAGACUUUAAUGUCACUGUCUAAUGAGGAUCACUAAGCAUGUCAAGAUAAGGAAAUAGUUAUGAUAUAAUAAUAAAAAAUUAUCAUUAC